CGAGCGGAGCCGGAGACUAGACCGGAGGCCGAACUUGGGAUCUGACAAGAUGGCCGGGCUGCCCCGCAGGAUUAUCAAGGAAACCCAGCGUUUGCUGGCAGAACCAGUACCCGGCAUUAAAGCAGAACCAGAUGAGAGCAACGCCCGUUAUUUUCAUGUGGUCAUUGCUGGCCCCCAGGAUUCCCCCUUUGAGGGAGGGACUUUUAAACUUGAACUGUUCCUUCCAGAAGAAUACCCAAUGACAGCACCUAAAGUACGUUUCAUGACCAAAAUUUAUCAUCCUAAUGUAGACAAGUUGGGAAGAAUAUGUUUAGAUAUUUUGAAAGAUAAGUGGUCCCCAGCACUGCAGAUUCGCACAGUUCUGCUAUCGAUCCAGGCUUUGUUAAGUACUCCUAAUCCAGAUGACCCAUUAGCAAAUGAUGUAGCGGAGCAAUGGAAGACCAACGAAGCCCAAGCCAUAGAAACAGAUCUUCACGCUCCAUCUUAUGACCUACUUACUACGUGACCCCCAAGUUUAAAGACAACACAUAAUUGGGAGAUCUUGGACUCUUGUGUAACCACGCCUAAUUUAACAAAUACUGAGUGUCUACUAUUCAUCUAGCAAAUACACCAAGGUAAUGGAAAACUUUUGAACUAUGAGUUGUUUUUGCAAGCCAUUUGAUUAUUACAUCGGUUUAUGUAGCUAGGGAGUUGGAAAUCAAUAAGCUUUUUCUACAGAUUAUAACAUAAUUAGUUGGGAGGGCAUUAUAUA